AUGGAAUCUGAUUGCAGAACAAACCAGACGUUAAACAUGCAAGCAAAAGAUGCUGAAAAUGCCCAAAUUAGUGCUGUUGAAUGUGUUGCUUCAGAUAACCACCACCACCACCACAACAUUAUUGAAUGUGAUCUAACAGAUGACCACUACCACAAAAUCGUUGAAUGUGGUCCCACAGAUUACCACGACAACAACACUGGCGAAAGUCGUUUGACGGAAAACCAUCACCGCCACAAAAUUGUUGAAUGUGGUUUUACAGAUGACCAACAACACAACACUGUUGAAUGUGGUUUUACAGAUGACCAACAACACAACACUGUUGAAUGUGGUUUUACAGAUGACCAACAACACAACACUGUUGAAUGUGGGCUUUCAGAUGAGUGCCACCGUAAGCAAAACAUUGAUGAAUGUGGUACUUCAGGUGACCACUACCACAACAUUCGGGAGUGUUCUCAGACAGAUGACCGUUACCGGCAGGAAGCUGUUGAAUGUGCUCUGACAUCAAACAGUCCUGCAGAUGAGGCACAAGGUGUAGCAACUCAAACAAGAAUGCCGACAGAUGGGUCGACAAUGCCGAUGAAUGAUUCAAUGAUGUUGAUAAACAACUCAAACAUGCCGGCAGUGGACGCGGAGGCAGCUUCAGAGGCCACUUUUACGGGAGACGAACCAUUCAUCAAUAAGCUAAAAGGUUUCAUUGAAACCCGAGAAAAUGAUGGAAAAUCUUAUGUAGAAAUAAUCAACGAAUUGAUUGAUCCCAAUAAUUUCUCUCUAGCUAACCUGCCACCUGGCGAUAAGGAAAUAAUUAAUAAUUUGCAAAACCAACUCGGUGGCGCAGUACAAGAUUUGAAGGCGGGAAUAUGCAGCUACCUCGCCCUACAGAGGCACAAGGAGUGUCUGCUGCAAAAGUGCAAGUGUGCGAUGGGGGGUAAAAAGUUGAAAGAGUUAGAACAAGAAGUGUUUGAGAACCAGCCUGAGUUAAUGGAAGUCUUUGAGAAAAUCACAAAAUCUAGGAGAGCUCCAAAAAUGGACAAAAGUGUUGCCGACGAUGAGGCUGAUGAGGCUGAGAAGGAUAAAAAUUAUGAGAAAAAUAAAGAAGAGUUAAAUGAUGAAGAUGAUGAUGAAGAUGAUGAAGAUGAUGAUGACGAUGAAAAGGUAGAAAGUGAAAUAUUGGAAAUGAUCAACCAGCUUGAACUGCUGAAACAGCACGUAAAAGUGGCAGAAACUUGGUUCCACAACUUGAUUCUUCUCACCAUCCAGUUCGAUCAGUUGAAACUAGAUCCAAAAAUAUUGGAUAUGGAAAAAAGUUAUAGGUGGUUUCGAUUAACAGAAACUACACUACUGCAUGUCCUAUCAAGUUUGUUCGCUGCUACAGACGCUCAGAACAUAUCAUUACUAUCGUUUCUGAACAUGUCACCGGCAUAUAAAAAGAUCACUUUGUCACUGGUUACUGCUUUUGAGGUUCUGGCGGUGAAACGUAAAAUUAAUAAAUUAGAUUAUAUCAUACUGGCAAUUUACAGACCUGGAUCCGAACAACUAACGACAUCAUUUUUUGAUGAACUGAUUUCGGUCUUAGAAUGUGUUACGUAUUUUGUUAUCGGGAGAUUUCAACAUUCACAUAGAGAGUUGAUCAACCACAUAAAUGAACCAAAGCAUAUUCUAGGAGGAACGCUCGAUCUGAUUGUGGCGUCAGAUAAUAUAGCGGUCAAUGAAGUUAAGGAUAUGAGUUUAUUGUUGAUAUUAACAACCAUUCAGUUUCUUAUUGAUAAAUCUAUUUGUUCUUCGCACAUUUAUUUAAGAGGCACUUCGCAUCUAAGGUCACUUGAGGUCAUCUUGAAACCAGCCUACAUCUAUCUUCCGCCUCCUUACAAUGUUCCUGCGUACGUGUGUGUGCUCAUGCAUGGGCAAGGUGACCUCAAUGAACUCUCUGACGAUUUAUAUGAAUUCCUUGUGGAUUUCAACAAACAUCGCCCGCCCGCCUCCUUUUCUCCUUCCACGUCUGCCUCCAUGCAUCCAUGCGCCUCUGCAUUCAUGCACCUCUCCAUUUAUGCACCUCUCCAUCCAUGCAUUCCAUUUUUUGGAAAGGAAAGAAAUUUUAGCAUUCUGGCAAUGUUCACCAUGUUUACCAUGUUCACCGUGUUCAUGUUCUUCGCCAUGUUCACCACUUCUCUUGGUAAGAUAUUGUAUCAGGCUGAAGAGGCUCCAGAUUAUGAAAGUAUGAAACAAAAUGUUAAAGUCGUUGAACAGUUAAGUAAUGACAUCAAAAUGGAAUUCGGCAUUGCUAAGCGUGCAACAUCGCAGUUCAUAGGCAGGAAAUAA